GCUGUGGAAGGGAAGAGUGUAAUAGAAGUGGCAGAAUGUUUGGAGAGUCAGCAGGCGUUGGGUGUGAGUGAGAACUGCAGGAGCCGGCGGAUGCGGAUCCUACAUUGACCGCGCACACACAGACAGAUGCACACUCCCUGUCACCGUGUGGAGCAAAUGGCCUGCGGUGCAUUGAGAGGCAGUUUGGGCGGGGGCAGCUCGGACGAGCCUGUCUUCACGCAACUCAAACCGGUGAGUCUUCAGUCGGAGGAGCAGGCGGCGGUGGCGAUGUUCGACAGCAUGAAGAGUCCAGCGACCAGGAUGCUGGCGGCGGAAGACCUGGCUCAGACGAGAUGUGAGAUGGAGAAGUAUUUAUCUCCCCAAUCACUGCCAGCCCCGGAGGUGAAGAAGUAUAGGAGGGACAGUGCUUCUGUGGUGGAUGAAUUUUUCCAGGAUGAAAGAGCCUCCCCGUACAGCGUCAACAUCAAUGUGAUUCUUCCUGACGUCACUUACCUGCGAACUGGCCUGUGUAAGCUGCAAAGAUCAUCCAUGGUUCAGUCCCAGUCUGAAGCAGUUACUGCUUUUACACAGGCAAACAGGACCCUCACGACCCAGUCUUUACCAGAAUUCACCAGCGUGUUUAACACCUCACAGGCGACAGAUGUCAAUGCCACUUUUAUCAAACAGGAACUGCCCUCUCCUGAAAUGCAUCUGCCUGCAUCCCCACAGCAAGGUCAGUUGUACCAGCUACUAAGCUCUCCAGACUUGGUAAGCAUUCCUGGUAACACUUCUCACACACAAGGCAAUGUGGCAUGUAUGGGAAACCUUACCAAUCCUUCCGUAUCGGCAGGAAUGACAGGCAUGAGCACACUCUGCACGGUACAUCCACAGACAGCAGUGAAACACUUCCACUCUAUCUCAACCGGCUCGUUUGUGCCAGGGCAGUUCUUCCCGCAACAGCCCACCUACCUUCCACCUUCUCCACCAAAUUCUGAACCCGGAAGCCCUGACAGGCAGCCAGAGCUAAUGCAAAACCUGACACCACCACCAUCAUAUGCUGCCUCUAUUGCCUGCAAGCUGGGCUCGCCCACAGCAGCCCAUGCUCUUCCAGCAGCGCUGCAAGUAGGACAACAGAACACUCCACUGCCCAAAUUCAACCGACGAAAUAAUCCAGAGCUAGAGAAGAGGAGAAUUCAUCACUGUGACUUUCCAGGUUGUUCUAAAGUGUACACCAAAAGUUCCCACUUAAAAGCACAUUUGAGAACUCACACUGGGGAGAAGCCUUACAAGUGUACCUGGGAAGGCUGUGAUUGGAGAUUUGCACGUUCUGAUGAACUAACUCGCCAUUUCCGUAAACACACUGGGGCGAAACCCUUCCAGUGCACAGUGUGUAGUCGCAGCUUUUCACGCUCUGACCAUUUAGCCCUGCACAUGAAAAGACACCAGAACUAGAAGAUGAAUCCUCCCUGAGGCUGAUGUUCAUUAUGCAAACAAGACAUUGUUUCCCAAACAAAAUACCAGACAACCAUUGUGUAUAUGGUAAUCUCGCUGUCAGGUCUUCCAAUAUUUCUGUAUAGAGAAAGGAAGUUUUGAUGUAAAACACAGGCUUGAUUUAAGGGUUUAAAAUUGGAACCCUGUAUAUUUUGUACAUAUUCACUGGGAAUUAUGAGCUGUGUUUAAUUAGAAAGCUUUAAGAAAUUUCUAAUGAGAAUUAAAUUUUUCUUUGUUUUAGGUUUUCUUGAUGUAUAAACUAAGCUCGCGUCCAUUUCAUAGACACACUUGCACUACCGUGUAGUUGAUUAGUACUGGUAUUUACAUCUGCCAAGUUCACAGCAUUAAACCUUUUCUUUCUAAUGUUUUGACCAAAGCACUGAAUGGUCUUGACAGUGUUUAGUAAAUGUAGCCAAAGACAUUGGGGGGGGAGAAAAAAAAAAUCCCACAAAGGGCACAGUGUGAACUAAUACAGAUAAUACUUUCUGCUGAACCCGAAGGGAAUUUAACCUCCUCCUUUUAAUACUUGAGGUUAUCAAAUUGCUUUAUUGAAGUCCUCAUCUCAUCAGCAAGAUAUGGGGUGUUGAAUUUAACUGUAUAACUACAAAAGAAACUGGCUAAGGCAAUUAAUGAGAUAAUAAAUGAUAACACAACUGCAGAAUCUGCAUACAUUUUGGGUGCUUUUCUAUAAUCAGUGAAUGGAAACUGGAUUUUUGGCAAACUGAUUUACUCCUGACUUGACAGGAUCCUUCUUCUGAAAUUAACUUUCAAGCUCUAUGAUGUGCUGUCAUGUGGCCUGCCCCACAGUAGGAAAUGGGGUUUGGCCCUGUUUUCCAAAGUCCUUGUUUUAAAAGUUGCAGGAAAAGAAAUUCCUGCAGUUUGGGAGUCCUGUCCCAAUUUACUUUUCUGCCAGUUCCAUGUGUAUUUUAAGAAUGUAAUUGCUUAUCUGACUUUGUAUUUACACUUCAAUUUUAGCAUCAUCGUGAGGCUAAAGCUGGUAUGUAAAUAUAGCCAAAAAUAGCAUGUAGACGCAUUGGAAAUUCCCAGUGCCUUGUGGAAUUGGAUUGAUUCUCCAAAAGGCUGACUGUUGAGUGUAUAGUUAUUUUAGCACUCCAUUCCAGUUUGAAACUACUGCAAUAAAGAUAUUUAUAUAAAUAUAUAGAUACUGUACAGACAGUGGCACUGCUGCUGGGUAGAACAUCUCAUUCUGCACUCAAAUCGUGAAAUUUCUUGUAUUUUAUAUAUAAAGGAUCUUUGUUUUUUUUUGUUUUUAAAAAAAAUUGACGUGACUUUUUUAAAAUUUCUAAUACACCUCCUCCUGUAUUAAACCCGAUCAGGAAUCUUUAAUAGUUUAAUUUAACCACACUUAGGCUCAGUACCGUAUGUUGAAAUCUUCAAAGCAACAGUUGUUUCAUACUUGUAGUUCUGUUGGGGGGGGGGAGGGGGGGGAGGUGUUGUCCCUUCUGAAGGUGUUUUGUUCAUUUCAUGGGGCUGGCUGGAAAGCAGGAGAGGAGGUAGUGGAGUUUUUGUUUCCAACCGUUAUUGCUAUAGUGCUGUAACUCUUCAUAUGUAUUGUAAAAUUGGUAAAAUGCUUUUCUAGUCAACUCGGAAUAUUAUGCAUUUGAGGUGUGGCAAUUAAUAUUAAUAAUGGGCUGUGCAGGCUUGGGCUGGCUGAUUUAAAGAAGGCAUUUGAAACCAUAAGCUAAUCUCCACUGGGAUCUGACUUUUAUAACCAGAAAAUGCUGAAAAGAUAAUUAUCUUUAUUUAUUUCUAAUCUUUAAAAUGGCUUUCUAACAGGAUCGUUUACAAAUCUGUUUAAAUUAUAGUGUUCUUCAGUGUAAUGGCUUGGCAAGAAAAGGCAGCAAGAACAUGUAAAUAGCAUUAAAGGAUGUAUAUAAUUUUAUAAGAUGCUGCAAAGUUUAUACUUUGAACAAAGGGGCAAAUGUGGCUGCGUCAUUUUUGCCUCAGCUUGAUUUUUCUUUGUUUCACUGUAUUUCCUUUGGGUUUUGUGGUUGUAUUAACUUUUGACAACUGGCAUUGAAUAGAAGGAGAAAGUUUGUGUUUGGGGGGGAUAAGGUUUAAAAAAAAC